AUGUCUGAUCUGAACGGAGCCACAUACACCUCUCAUGUCCAGUCUGCGCAACUGGCAUCUGGCCAUACAUACCGCUACAUCCAUCACCCUCCUCAACCUCAUCGCCACGGCAACGAAAAGCCAACAAUCCUUUUCCUCCACGGGUUUCCAUCGUCGUCUUAUGAUUGGCGAUAUCAAUUUGAGCAUUUCGCAUCACGCGGAUACGGCGUGCUUGCCCCUGAUCUUCUUGGCUACGGGGGUACAGACAAGCCAGAAGACGCGAAUGCGUAUACGUUGAAGAAGCAGACUGAUGAGGUUGUGGAACUGCUGAAUUGUGCUGGUAUUGGAAAGGGCGGGGUCGUCAGUGUGGGGCAUGAUUUCCACAAACAGCUCACAGAUACUAGGGGCUCUAUCCUUCUCUCUCGCGUCGUGACUUACUAUCCCAACCUCUCCAGCAAGUAUGUUUUUCUAGAUAUCGGAUACUCACCACCACCUCUGCUUCUCACAGCGAAGGGUAUCGAUGCGCUAAAUGCAGAGACGCUGGCUACAGAAGGAUACGAGCCGAGUGGCUAUUGGGCUUUCUUUAAUCAAACAGGAGCUGGGAAGAUUUUGAACGACCACCAAGAUUCGUUCUGGUCUGUCAUGUACACAAACGACGACCCGACUUACUGGAAGACUGUCUAUGGACCGACGGGUGCUUUGAAGGCAUUUGUUGAAGCAAAUAAGAGGGCACCAACGGGAGGUUUUGUCUCCGUAAAGGACAACGCAAUCCACGAUCGCAUCUUCGCUGCUGAUAAAGGAGGAUAUGAACCUACACUCAAUCACUACCGGGCGCUGUACCGCGACCUGAACGCUGUUGAUGAAAAAGUAAUUCCAACAUCAGCAGCCAACAUCACCAAGCCCGUUCUCUUACUCACCGCCACCAAUGACCCGAUUGGCACUCCGAAGCGCGCUGAGCAGGGACUCCGUUCUUUCGCACCUGAUUUAAAGGUGCAGGCGAUCGAUUCUGGACACUUCAUGAUGGUGGAGCAGGCAGAUGAAGUCAAUAAGGCUAUCAGUGACUUCUUUGAGGGAUAG